AUGGCGGACACAACCGACCCUCGCCCAUCGACCGACAUCGAGAAACGAUCCCCAGAUCCCUCCUUGGUCGACAAAGCCCCCGACGGCGGUCUGAGAGCCUGGCUGGUAGCUUCAGGAGGGUUUUCGAUCCUCUUCUGCGGCCUCGGGUUCGCCAACUCCUUCGGGACCUUUGAAGAAUACUAUGUCAACAAUCAGCUCAAAGGCCAUUCGCCGGAUGAUAUUGCAUGGAUUGGAUCCUUGGGUAUAUUUCUGCAGUUCGCUGUUGGGGCGUUUGCUGGACCGUUAUUUGAUCGAUAUGGCGCCUGGAUGCUCCGGCCAACAGCAGUCGUCUACAUCUUCUCCAUGAUGAUGCUCAGUCUUUGCAAGACGUACUGGCAAAUCAUGUUGACCCAAGGCGUGCUGCAAGGUAUCUGCUUGGGUCUGCUGAUGUUCCCGGCCUUCGCGGCUGUGUCGCAGUACUUCGACAAGAAGCGUGCUGCUGCGCUGGGAAUUGUGGUUGCCGGAUCAUCCGUCGGAGGCAUCGUCAUCCCUAUCGCCCUGUCGAAGAUGCUGAACAGCUCCAGACUCGGCUUCGGCUGGUCAGUACGGGUCAUCGGCUUCAUGAUCUUACCACUGAUGCUCUGGUCUUGUGUGGUAAUCAAGGCACUUCUGCCUCCACGAAAGACCAACUUCUGGAUCGCUUCAGCAUACAAAGACAUCAAGUUUGACAUGCUCGUUGCAGCAUCCUUCUUCAUGUUCGUCGGCUUUUUCACGCCACUAUUUUACCUCCCAACUCUGGCAGUCUCGAGGGGGAUGAGCCCGACAUUAGCUGGAUACAUGCUUGCCAUUCUGAACGCUGCAUCUACCUUCGGCCGGAUCAUCCCGGGCAUACUGGCAGACAAGUAUGGGCGGCUGAAUAUGUUCGCGUUGGGCGGCAUCUCGACCGGCAUCAUCGUGUUCUGCUUCAGUUCCUUGACGAACAACGCAGGUGUGAUCGUUUACGCGAUCGUCUUUGGCUUCUUUUCGGGGACCAUCAUCUCUGGAGCAUCCGCCGCCUUUACCACUUGUACGAAGGAUCCGAGAGAGAUUGGCACGUACAUGGGCAUGGGCCUGGCUUUUGCUUCGUUGGCCGCACUGAUCGGUCCUCCAGUCAAUGGCGUACUCCUUAGCAACUAUGGGUUUAUGCCACUAGCCAUGUUCAGUGGUGCCAUGUGUCUCAUCGGAGGCCUCAUCGCUGCUACUAGCAAGGCGGAAUCGCCGGAAGGGAUUUUUGGGCGUAUCUAG